AUUUGAGUUAUGUUUUAAAAUCUGGGUCGGGUUGGUUCUGUUUUUAAUGUCGGGUCCUUUUUUUGGGCCAUCGCUGGAUACAAAAUGCAAUUAAUUAAUCUAUAAUCAUGAUUUCGAAAUUGGAUUAGAGAGGGGGAGAAUAAAAACAUUGGGGGGAGAUCUAAAGAGGAAUUAUAAGUUUGGGGGGAUUUUUCAAGAGCUUGAUAGUUAAGAGGGUAAUAAGUAGGGUGUACAUGUCUAAGGGUGGUUUUAGGCAGUCAACCCUAUAUUUUUAGUAAAAAUGAUUGUAUAGAGGACACAUAAGUAAAGUGUGUGAAAUUACUUUACAACUAAUUUUUAGGAGAUUAUGAAAUCGUAAAAUCAAUAACCUGAGAUAUUAAAAAGAAUUCCAGAAUCUGUAAAUCAAUAGAAUUAAGAUCUAAAAUGUUAACAGUCAUUAUAAAUUAAUUUUCUACUUACACCCUUUAAGUAAAAUUAAAAUUGCUAAAUAAAUGAAAUUACUAAAUAUAAGAACUAAAACAGAUUUGAUAAGUUGUUAGUACAAAUUUAUGGUUUGACAAGAUUUUUUAUUAUUUCAAGUUGUAAGUGGACGGUAUUGAGCACUCUUACUGGAUAUUUUAUAAUCGUACCUCAUUUUAUUAUUGAGGUUAAAAAUAUUAUGUGGACUCGAUAGCAAAAUUUAAAAAACUGUAACGAAAUGAUGGUUUGAAUUUAAAAUAAUAAUACAUUUUGAUAUGUGCUUUAAAAGUGCGAGAUUACUAUUCAGUUGGCAAUUUUUUAUCCAAUUGAAUACUAUAUACAAUUUUACAUGAUUUAUAUAUUCUACUAUUUAUGCAAUUUAUUUUGCUUUGUGUAAAUGAUCUAUGUCAUUGUUUCUUUUAUUUAUCACAGCCAACUGAGUUUGAUUGUUCUCUGUACCAGCAAGUGGAUCAGAAUUCAAACUAAUAACGGAUGGUGUUCUAUUUCAUGGUAAAAAUUCUCCAAGAAGCUAUAGCAAGGGGUAUCUUCCUUCUCAUCUCAUGUAUCGCAAGUGAUGAUUACAACGUUGUCGCCUGUCGGUGUCGUCAAGUUACAAACAUAUUACUGAACUUCUUCUCAAAUUUCUUUUUCACUAAAUUCACACUAAAUCAAAAAAAAAAAUUAAGUUAGGAUAGAUAUAGGAAGGAGAACAAUAAAAGUUUAUAUAAAAUUAAAUAUAUCUAUGUCAAGUACAGUUCUAAUGAUAUAAAUGAAUUUUUAUUAUUAUGUUUUUUUUUUAGAUAUAUAAAUUUUGUUUUAAACAAUUGGGGUUUUAAAAAAGGGGGGCCCCUAAACCCAGGUUUCAUCCAGCUGUGCUCAGGAACACCCUUGGCUUAGCUUACCACAAAAUUAGGUCAAAAGACUUAUAUAAUGUCUCACUAACCCACAAAAACCCAAUACCAUCUCAUGGAUAAAUAUCAUUGGCUCAUACUUAAAAUAUGUGAUUGUGUUACCUAGAGCAUCAAAGUGUUCAAAAUGAGUUUCUAAAAUGAUCACUUUGAUCUUUUAGAUUAACUUCUCAUUUUCACCACAAUCACGCCAUUGGAUUUCCCCACUAGGAGAAACCCAACACCUAUAUAUCACCUUUUCAGUUGGAAACUUCCAAAGAGACGUCUGCAAUACAAUACAUCUCUACUUCUGGUGGGAAAAAUAUUAGUUACCAGAAAAUUGAUGAUAUGACUUAUAAAGAAAAAAUGGUACCCCAUGCCAUAAAAAAACAAAUAUUUCAUCCGGCCCGCCUACUCUAUAUUCUCUAGCCGUCCAUCGCAGAUUCUUCCAACCGACACAAAAACCUAUAAAAUAAGAUAUCCGCACUAUUUUGUCUAGAAUAUUUUUAACAAAUUUACUCAAUAGCAAUUCUGAGAAUAUUAUAUUCAUGGAACAGCAUGUCAUAGACAAUGAUGUGAAACGAUGUAUAUUUUUGAACUAGGAAAAUUUGUUUCAUUUAUAAAAUUUUAAAGAUUUGAUGCUUCUUAUUCAUAUUAUGAAAGAUAUUUCCGGCUGUUCACGAAAAAAGAAAUUAGCUUUUAAAAGAGACACUUUCCAAACCUAAAACUUAGUAUUAGGUAGCAAAUUGUCCCUUCAUAACAUCGUCAAGGAAUGCAUAUAAUUUUAAAAACAAAAUAAGCUCACUUUCGUGUUGACAAUAUGACCGGUAAAUUGAAUAAAACCCCUUGAAGUUAAGGAAAACAAUAAUAAUUUGAUAACUAAUUAAUGAAGGAAAAUUCUUGCGAGAGCAAGAGAGACAGGGUAAAUAUCAAGAUUCAAGAGUGAUCCUUCAACCAUUAUCAUGAGUCGUUACUUAGUUGUCUUAUUUUAUAUUAAUAAUAAUAAUAAUAUAGAAACUUUAUAAGACUCGAUGGUUUAUUUAUUUAUAUUUUUAUCAAAGACUCGAUGGUUUAUUUAAAGGACUUCGUUGUCUCUGAAACUUGGAGCACGAAUGUGGCUUCUCUUUGCGUUGCCUCUUUGAGAAUACAAGAUUCAAUCGCUUUAUUUGGCUUCAAGAUAUCAAAAUGAGAGUGUCUGCAACAACUUCUUCUCUUUGGGUACAAGCAUCAUAGCUACAUCUUUUAUUGAUCAGUUUAGUAUCUCAUUUGGUUAGAGGAAAGCCAAGCAGCUUAAAUGGACUUUUUUUUCAAAAAGUCGUAUCUGGAACCCAAGCCGGUGCUGGACCAGCUUCCUACGAAGGCCGGCUCUAAUGUAGCGUCUCCUUAUCAAUCGAUGACCAUUGCGAUCGCUAUUAGUGGGAGCAGCAAAAGCAAGAAAAUAGUUAAGUGGGCGGUCGAAAAGUUCUCUUCUGACAAAAACGUUGUGUUCAAGCUGAUUCAUGUCCAUUUAAAGAUUACUUCUGUACCUACACCUUCUGGAAAGAUAGUCUCUAUCUCUGAGGCACCAGAAGAUGUGGCGGCUACUUAUAGACGACAAGUGAUGGAUGAGACUAAAGAAACUCUUCUUAAACCUUACAAAAGGAUGUGCGAGCGGAAAAAGGUUGCUGUAGAACUUCAAGUUCUUGAAUCAAAUAGCGUUGCAGUGGCGAUAACCAGAGAGGUUAGUAAGCAUUUGAUAAGCAGGCUUGUCGUUGGACGCUCAUCUCAUGUUGGCUUGUAUGGGAAUCGUGAUGUUACCGCGAAAAUAGCAGCCUAUGUGUCAAACCUUUGCACAAUCUAUGUUGUCUCAAAAGGAGUCUACAUUAUUUCGAAACAGUCGUCGUCAGAUGUGCAGAUGAAUGAAACUAUAACAAAUUCUGGUAGUGAGAGAACCGAUACAUCUAGUUGUUCUUCUGGUUCAGGACAUACCUCAGAUGCAAUGUCAAAUGCACCGAAAUCCAAAUCUCUUGCUAUGUCCGACAAGAGAUUGCAACAUCUCCCGACAAUAGUAAGAGGGGUUUCAGUUCGUAUGGAAACUAAUUCUGUUGACUCAUAUGGAACUACAAGCAUGUUCUCGGAUGCUGAAGAGGAAGUUAGCAAGAGAAGUAGCCCUGAAACAUCGCGUACUGUUUCUUGGAAUCCUCCUCGGAGUUAUAUGUCUAGCAACGAUAAUGUUACUCAAAGUGAAGAUUAUUUCACAGACAACCAGGACACGUUCCAAGAAAUUAGAAAGCUGAGGGAUGAACUUAGACGGGCUCAAGGAAUGUAUGAACUGGCUCAAGUAGAAGCCUUGGAUGCUUCUCGCAAGCUGAAUGAGCUUCAUGAGUUUGAAGAAUUAACGCUUAUGGAACAUGUAACAAAGGCGUUAGAAGAAAAGGAAACACGGACGUUUGAGCAGAUGAGAAGGGAAGCCAGAGAUGUCGCACACAGAAGAGAAGCCGAGAUGAAAGCCACCAGUGAAGCCCAAGAGAAGGAGAAGCUUAAAGAAAGUUCCCUUGUUUCUCCUAAACUGCAAUACCAAGAGUUCACUUGGGAAGAAAUCAAAACCGCAACUUCAUCAUUCUCUAAAGAUUUAAAGAUUGGAAUGGGAGCUUACGGGGAUGUUUACAAAUGCAAUCUGCAUCAUACAAUCGCUGCUGUUAAAGUUUUGCAUUCCCCGGAAAGUAAUCUAUCCAAGCAAUUCGAUCAAGAGCUCAAAAUCUUGGGAAAAAUCAGGCAUCCACACUUGGUUCUCCUACUAGGUGCGUGUCCAGAGCAGGGUGCCCUAGUCUACGAGUACAUGGAAAAUGGUAGCUUGGAAGAUAGACUGUUCAGAGUCAACAAUAGUCAACCAAUCCCGUGGUUCGUCCGGUUCAGGAUAGCUUGGGAAGUAGCAUCAGCGCUAGUUUUCCUCCACAAAUCAAAGCCGAGACCAAUCAUCCACCGUGAUCUUAAACCAGCCAACAUCUUGCUUGACCAUAACUUUGUCAGCAAAGUAGGAGACGUGGGCAUCUCCACAAUGAUCCAAGUCGACCCUUUAUUAACACAAUUCACAACGUACAAACAGACAAGCCCCGUGGGAACAUUAUGCUAUAUCGAUCCUGAAUAUCAACGAACCGGGAGGUUAUCUCCCAAAUCAGACGUUUAUGCGUUUGGAAUGAUCAUACUGCAGCUUCUUACCGCUCUCCCGGCUAUAGCGCUGACGUAUAAAGUAGAAAUGGCCAUGGAGAACAAUGACGACGAGGAGUUGAUAAAGAUUCUUGAUAAAAAGGCUGGUGAUUGGCCAAUGGAAGAAACCCGGAAAUUAGCUGCUUUAGCCCUCUAUUGUACAGAGAUCCGUGCUAAAGACAGGCCUGAUCUUGAAAAUCAGAUUCUUCCAACGUUGGAGAGCUUGAACAAGGUAGCUGAAAAUGCAAGAACCUUGAUUUCCUAUGAACCGAAGCAACCUCCAAGCCAUUUCUUCUGCCCUUUACUUAAGGAUGUGAUGAAUGAGCCAUGUGUUGCGUCUGAUGGUUAUACCUAUGACCGGCGAGCCAUAGAAGAAUGGAUGGCGGACCACCGUACCUCGCCGGUGACUAAUUUGCCGUUACAAAACAUUAACCUUUUGCCCAAUCACACUCUUUAUGCAGCCAUUGUUGAGUGGAGAUGUAGUAAUCAGUAAGGCAAACAAAAGUGCGCGCUCCGUUUUGGUGUCUCCUCUUUUCUGAAAUUGCGUGUCUAGCGUUUAUAGCCUACAUUAACGGAUGGUGUUCUCAUAGCCAUUUUCUUGCUUCUUCUGCUUUGGUUCAACAUCUUAUUAUUUCUCCCGUAACUUCAUACAAGAUUACACCUAUCAGUGUCUAACAAAUUAAUCGUAACCAUAUUGAUACAUGAUCAUUGAAGUGUAGCAAGAUUCCAAUGAGCACGUGUUUAAGCUUCAUAUAUGCGAUGUGGUUACAGUCUCGAGGUCUAGGAGAUAAAAGAUAAAGAAAGUGAAACAAGAUGAUAAUUGUAAUGCUUGCCUCCCUCAAAACCGAUCAAGGGUUUAGAAUCUGGGUUUAGAAUGUGGGGUACCAAUGUAGGACCGCGAAAAUCAUGAUUGAAAAUCACGAAACAAAAAUCGAAUAAACGAUAAUGUAGAUGUAAAAAACGUUUAGAAAAUCGUUAAGGAAAUAGACUGAAUUUAUGGAAUCGAGAUAUGAUAUCUUUCCUUAACUCAAUAAAUCUCCCAUAAUGUGAGACGGUUUGGAUGCGAAUUUUGAAUUCUAGGAUACAACCACGAUGAGACUGUUUCACUGCCGCCCAAAACAGAAUCUGCGAACUAACUACUACUUUAUACUCUCGAGACUUACUAAGUAAAAGAAGAAAAAGACCUAAAGAGUUUUGCUUGUGAGAAGCUUGAUUUUGUGUGUGUGUGUUUGCAUAUAUACGUUGCAUCUAUACGUUGUAAUUAUAUCAAAAAAUCAUAUAUGUCUUGUUGCAUUAAUACUAUUAAAUUGCAAGUAAAAAAUUAAUUGCAAAUUUGCAAUGUUGUUUGCUAUUAUUUUACGUAGCAAUGGCUUGUCACUAUUUAUGUUGCAAAAGUAUGUUGUAAAUAUACAAAAAAGUUGCUAUCAAAAAUUGUUGCAAAUAUAUGACAGAUUCAGCAACAACUCAAUUCAUUGCUAAUUUUGCUACAUCUAUGCAACAAACAUGAAUUUGCAACGUACAAACAUUAAGAAGUUAAAAUUUGUCAUAUUUUUGUUGUAAUCUUAUAUUUGCAAUAAUAUAUUACCAUAUUGCAACAAUAUAUGCAAUAUGACUAUUUUUUGUAGCGAAACCCAAAAACUACAGGAAAGAAACCUUGAGCGGAGACUCAAGAAAGAUAAACACAAACCUUGUCGAAAUACCAGUCAAACUCCAAAAGGCUAAAUAAAUCUGAACCUCCUUUACAACUAAGACCAUUAAAGCAUAAAAUCGAAGCUUUUUUUUUAUAAAAAAAAUCAAAGCUAAGAUCACUAACGAGACUUCAUCGUGGGAACCGAGCCAGAGAUACCAGUACAAUGAACAACCAGUGGCCGCCUGAAAACCGCUGCUCCAGGUUCAAUGAAAGAAUUACAAACCCACAUCAGAGCCGGUUUAACCUACACCACGCACCAGGAAACAGUUUCGAAUCUAAAAAGACAUCCCGAGAAAGCCAGCAACAGCCAAAGACACCCGCUCUAUAAACCGAGCAUCUCGUAGUAUCUAUCACCUCAACUCAGCCUAAUCUAAAGAAACCACCUUCACCAUUCUCUAAACAUAUUCGAAAAUGACUACAAAUAGGAGAUACACUUGACACAUCGAACGACUAAUUUCACCAGCGUCGGAACCCUACCAUCUCGUCCACAACCACCGCACAGAGCCACUGCGACCCAAUCCCACCACUACUCCAACAACAUUGUAGGGUAAGAUCCAAAAUAUUAUAAAAAGAGCUAAUUGGAACUGUCAAACCGUCGGAGCAUGACAAACACACGACGGUAGCUUAUUCAGGGCUAGGGUUCUGUUUGAGAGAGAAAAAAUGAUAUAUUUUUUUAAGUGGAUUUAGAUAUGUGUCAGAUCUUAUAUCCUCAUAUCAUAAUUUUUGAAGUUCCAAAAAAAAAUUUAUAUAUCUAAAUACUAAAGAUGUAAAUAAUAAAUCUCAUAUAAAAUUUCACUAUUUAGAUCCUUAAUUGAGUUUUUACACUUCUUAUAAUUUAUAUUACACAAAUAAUUUUAUUAAUAGAUUUAAUUUCAGUUUAGUACUUAUAAUUAUAUAUCUUACAUAUACUAUUUAUCACAUAUAUAUUAAAAUAAAAAUAUUAUAAUAUGAAUAUGUAGAACAUGUUACAUAACAUUGAAAAUAGUCUUACACAAUAUUAUGUUAAGAAGAUUAACAUAAAAUUACUGCUUAUAUAUAUAUAUUACAUAAAUAAUUACGAAAAUUAAAUACAAUAAAGGAAUUUUUCAUGAAUAUAAAAAUACUACACGAUUUAUUUUGGCGACCAAAUUAUUGUCUAUAAAAUUUGGACUAGGAGAUUUAAUAUAUAUAUAUAUAUAUAUAAUUAUUAUAAUUAUCUAAUAAUUUUAUUUAAUAACAUUCUAUAUAUACUUUGGGUAUGUUGUAGAAUUAAUUAUAAAAUUUUAUUACUAUAGUUAAUUAUGGUUGAUAUGAAGGACUAUAGUGCAGAAUAUAAUUUUAUUAAAAAUGUAUUAGAAGAUGUACAAUUACAACUGGAGAACAAUACUAAGGCUCCAAUUGGUGACUAUAAUUUAGGAAUAUUUUUUUGUUAAAUUCUCUAUUCCUCUAAUUUUAUACAAAUCAUGCUGAAUUAUUUGUCAAUUUUAUUAUAUAUAUCUUCCAUUAAAUUCCUCUAUUUUCCUAAUAUGUAGAUGAAUUAAUGAAUAACUUUAUUCCUUCUAAGUUUUGGAAAAAAAAAUCCAUAGCAAUUUCUCUUUUUAUAUCUAUUCAUUGCCUCAAUUGAAAAUUUAUUCAUUUAUUUUUCCAUUUUUUUAUUCAUCAGUGUUAUCAAUUGAGCCCAAAUUUUUAUAUAAAUUAGAAACACCCUUAAAAUAAAGUUGUUGAGAUGCAUGUUCUUACAACCUUUCAACCAAAAAAAAUGUAAUAAUCAAUAUUAAAAUGAUUGAAUAAGUCUGCAUAUAUUUUUCCUUGUGAGAGAAGUAAACAUAUCCAAAGAAUUUUUUUUUUGACAUCGAAAAACUCAAACAUGAGUUGGUCUAGAUAAUCCAACCGGAAUAGAACAACAAAUAAAUAAAGUAUCCUAGGGCUGGGCAAAUAAACCGAACCCGAAUAUCCGAACUGAACCCGAUCCGAUAAAAAGGAAUCUGAACCGAUCCGAACCCGACGUAAAUACCGAUUAGAUCUUGUUUUAUGGUAUUUUGGGUUAUGGGUAUUAUCCGAACCGAAUCCGAACCUAAAUGAGUACCCGAUAGAACCCGAAAGAUUCAAAAUCCAUCAAAAUAGCUUGUACCAAACAUGAUCUUAAUUCCUAAUAUGUAUCCAAAAUACACUAAUAUAUUAUUGAACAUCUAAAAUAAUUAUCUAUUACAUUAAGGUUGGUAGUUUAAGUUGGCGGUUGAAGCUUGAAGUUUUUAGAUUUUGGUUUUGUUUUCAUUGAAUAAUGUUUCUUAUUUCAUGAGAACUUGGUUUUCGUUUUAUGCUUUCUUUUAUUUGGUUUUCUUUCUAUCAAUAACUAUGUUUACCUUUCGUUUGAUUUUAAAUAAUCGUGUUUGAUGUUCAUUUCUUAUUUUUGAAUCAAUUUUACUUAUGUUUUGGUUACAAAAUAUAUAUAAAUCAUGUAUUUUAAAACCGAAGAACCGAUUUUACUUAUGUUUUGGUUACAAAGUAGAUACAAAUUACAUACUUUUAAACCAAAUAACCGAUUGGGAUCCGAACCCGAAAGUACAUCGGGUUGUACUGGUUCUUUGAAGAUUUACUAACUCCGACCCGAAUCCAAGAGAAUCUGAACUGGUCCCGAACCGAACUUUCAUAAAACUCGAAUGUGGCUGAUUUUGAUAAACCCGAAAAAUCGAGACCCGAUUGGGACCCCGAAUGCCAAUGCCUACAGUAUCCAAAGAAAAAAAAUUAAAGAGAUGGAAACAUGUAUUUUGUAUUUAAAAAGUGUAUAUUGACUUUAUGCCACAUAUAGAAUUUGACUAAAAUAAUUAAUUUACGAAAACGUUAUGUGGCAGUAACGAGGAACUUAACAAGACGCAAUAUGAGGUGUGACAAUUACUGUCCGAGAUGUGGAGAACUAGAGGAAACAGUAACCCAUGCCAUUUUUGAAUGUCCACCAGCUCUCCAAGUUUGGUCAUUAUCGUCCACUCCGACAAGCCCAGAUAUAUUUCCCGUAUCAAGUGUCUACACGAAUAUGGACUUUCUGUUUUGGAGGAAGAAUAGCAUUAUUGAGCCAGAACUCGACAGAGAUCCUUAUCCCUGGAUAAUAUGGUAUAUUUGGAAGGCUAGGAAUGAAAAACUUUUUAGGGGUAUAGACAGAGAUCCUUUGGAACUAGUUCGACAUGCAGAAAGUGAAUGCAAAGCCUGGUUUGAUGCUAACGAACUGGUGCAACCAGUGGUACAAGAUAACAACCCGGUGGCAACCCAAGUCAUAAGCUUGGGUAAUAUCUGCUUAUUAGAUGGAUCUUGGACAUCUUCUGCUCAAUUCAGUGGAUGCGGAUGGGUAUUGAUGGACAGUAAUGGGAACAUUCAACUUAUGGGAACAAGGAACUUCACUCGGCGCGAAUCAGCCUUGCAUUCGGAAGUAGAAGCACUGCGAUGGGCGAUGGAGAAUAUGCUUCAACACUCAACAUGUCAGAGCUUUGGAACGGAUUGUAAGGAGCUGAUUGCAAUGAUAAAGGACCCUCAGGCGUGGCCAAGUUUUGCGACGGAGUUGGAGAGGAUAGAGACGUUACAGAUAUGCUUCCCGGACUUCAGCAUCAUGCAUGUUCCACGAACGCGAAACCAGAUUUCAGACUUUUUAGCUAAGACUGCAAGAUCUUUCCAUAGGGAGUUACUUUUUAUUGGUUGUUCUAUUCCGGUCUGGUUACCUAGACCACCUCAAGUUUGAGUAAUAGAAUAGCCUUUCGACGUCAAAAAAAAAAAAAAAAAACAAAUUCUAACUAUUUAACAAUCAAUUCCUAAAAACACUGUUUGCACACGUAACUUGCGUGCGUGCAAGUAUCCGUCUAUCGCUAUUCAAUUUAAUUAUCAAAAUUCUGGAUUAUGAUCUUAUCCAAAUUCUGUUAAUUCUAUUUAAAAGAAAACAAUCUGUAAUAUUAAUUAUUCUAUAAAAUGCAGAUUUUCAUUAGUGACUCUUUUUUACUUAAGAAUUCAUCAUAUACAAGUACCAUUUUAAUAUAAAGAAUCGUAGGAAAAGAUAACAAAUACUUAAAUAAGAUGAUAACACUUAUCUAAGCAAAAAAAAAAUGAUAACAUUUAUGAUUUAUCACUUUAUCAGUGGACAACAUAGUAAUUAUACGACAACAAUCAAAUAACAAACUUUUGUUGUCGAAUAAAAACCACAGAUGGGAAAAAAAAAACACAUAUGGUUAAGUGGGGUCCAUAACUGGUGUUUGAUUAUUUGUCUUUUAAAUUGGCUUUUCAUACACGUCACCGGCCACUCCCGUCGUCGUUUCCAUUUUCCUUCCUCUGGUUUAUAAUAGAUUCGAUUAUUUUGUCAUACCUCCAUUAAAUCGAAGGUUUCUUCUUCCCAACGCUAUUCAGUUUAUCGAUUCUUUACAUUCCCCUUUCUUUUCUUUGGAUUUGGAUUUUGCUCUGAUUCCUUUCGCAGAUUACUAUAUAUUAACCUUCUUUUGAUUCGAAAUUUUAAUUUGAUUCCUAAAAGACCCAAUUUGAUUUUCAGAAACCCUAGAUUCGUGUUUUUUGAUCGAUUCGAUGAAGAAGAUAUGCGUGAUUUUCCUUGUACUAGUUUCCUUCUUCUUCUUAUCCUCCGCGUGUUCCGACGAAACUUCCCUGUUGCCGAAGCCGUCGAUUCUCCAGUACCCGUCGGAACACAAGAAAGUCGACGGCGAGGAGGUCAAUUUAUACUGCACGAGCUGGAGAUUCGCGGCGGAGACCAACAAUCUCGCGCCGUGGAGCACGAUUCCGGCGGAGUGCGCGGAUUACGUGAAGGACUACGUGAUGGGUAGAGGUUACGCCACCGAUCUGGAGAGCCUCUCUGAAGAGGCUUCGAUCUUCGCGAGCAGCGUCGAGUUCUCCGGCGACGGCAAAGAUAUUUGGGUUUUCGACAUCGACGAGACUCUCUUGUCCAAUCUUCCCUAUUACAUUGACCAUGCCUUCGGGUACACGUCUCCUCCUUCACCCUUUCUUUCUUUUUUUUUAUUGGUUUCUCAAUCUUGUUUGCAGGCUUGAGCUUUUUGAUCACUCGGAGUUUGAUAAGUGGGUAGAGAGAGGAGUGGCACCACCCAUAGCACCAAGCUUGAAGCUUUACCAAAGAGUGAUUGCUUUGGGUUACAAGAUUUUCUUGCUUACAGGCAGGAAAGAGACCCACAGGCUUGUCACUGUUGAAAACCUCAUCAAUGCUGGUUUCCAGAACUGGGACAAGCUUAUUCUCAGAUCUCCAGAUGAACAGCACAAAAUGGCGACGCUGUACAAAUCUGAGAAGAGGGAUGAGAUGGUGAAAGAGGGAUAUAGGAUUAGAGGCAAUUGAGGUGAUCAGUGGAGUGAUUUGUUGGGUUCCUCCAUUUCUCAACGAUCUUUCAAACUCCCUAAUCCAAUGUAUUAUAUCCCCUGAAGAGUGAAGAAGACAAGAGAGCACCGUGUAGAUACCAGCGAUAAUGAAAAUGUUGUUAUUUUGUUUGCCUCCCGCUUGUAAUUUGUCAGCUAUUAAAUGUACUAAUGACAGAAUGCUAUGUUUCAGAAACG